CUUUUCGGAUCACACACACAACUGCCAACAAUCACACACAGAUGGCGAUGACGUCAGCAGCUACCGGAUUUAUCCUGACGGCCAGCGUCCCGGCCGCCGUAGGCGGUGGUUCUUCAAAGAGCGCCACCGUUGUGUCUUUCUUGCCGAUGAGAAGCUUCGGUUCGAGGCUAGUAGUCAGAGCGGCGGAUGAUGCAUCUCCGGCAACCGCCUCUUCGGAGGGUUCUUCCACCACCGCUGCUCCGGCGGAAGCUCCUGCCGCGAAACCUAAACCUCCUCCGAUUGGCCCAAAGAGAGGAUCCAAGGUCAAGAUUCUAAGGAAAGAAUCCUACUGGUACAAGAACGUUGGAUCAGUUGUUGCCGUUGAUCAGGACCCGAAGACUCGAUAUCCGGUUGUGGUUCGAUUCUCGAAGGUGAAUUACGCGAAUAUAUCGACCAACAACUAUGCAUUGGACGAGGUCGAAGAAGUAAAAUGAGAGACAUGGUUUAUCUCUGAACCGGUUCGUCUGUUUGUAAUCUUGAACAAAACCGUAUGUACCAUAAAGUUUACCAACAAUU